GUAAACUUUUGAGACGCAUGUCAUCUUUAUUCGUCGUUGUUAAACAGACGCCUAUAGCAGUUUGUCUGGAAACUGUCUUUGAAACGUUGCUGAUGUGGAAUAGUUAUUCAGGUAUUGUGGCCUAAAAUGAAGAAGACAGAAAAUAUGCCGAAAAGGUCUGGAGGAUCGUCCCCAAAGAAUGGUCACAACGUAAUUCAUUGGUUUCGUAAAGGACUUCGACUGCAUGACAACCCAUCACUUCGAGAAUCCCUGGAACGGAAUUGCAAAACCAUACGAUGCUGUUAUAUUCUUGAUCCAUGGUUUGCAGGAUCAUCUCAAGUUGGGAUAAAUAAGUGGAGAUUCCUCCUACAGUGCCUAGAAGACCUGGACAGCAGUCUGAGGAAGCUUAACUCCAGACUAUUUGUAAUCCGAGGCCAGCCUGCAGAUGUGUUCCCAAAGCUGUUUAAGGAAUGGAAGAUCACAACCCUGUCAUUUGAGGAAGACCCAGAACCUUUUGGUAAGGAGAGAGAUGCAGCCAUCUGCCAGCUGGCUAAAGAGGCAGGCAUUGAAGUCAUCUGCCGUACUUCGCACACACUCUAUAACCUUCAGAGGAUUAUUGACAUAAACAAUGGUCACCCUCCACUGACUUACCGUCGCUUCCAGGCAUUGUUAUCCUGUAUGGAGCCUCCACCCAAGCCCCACGACACAAUCACCACAGAGGUGAUGGGCAGUGCUAAAACUCCCAUCUCAGACGACCAUGAUGACAUCUACUCAGUUCCUACUUUGGAAGAAUUAGGUUUUGACAUGGAUAACCUGGGCCCAUCUGUUUGGAGAGGAGGAGAGACAGAGGCACUGUCCAGACUUGACAGGCACCUGGAGCGCAAGGCAUGGGUGGCAAGUUUUGAGAAGCCGAAAAUGACUUCUCAGUCCUUAUUUCCAAGCCAAACAGGCCUCAGUCCAUAUCUGAGGUUUGGGUGUUUGUCACCUCGACUGUUCUUCUGGAAGCUGACAGAAUUAUACAGAAAGGUGAAGAAAUGUGCAGAGCCUCCCAUGUCACUUCAAGGUCAGCUCUUGUGGAGGGAGUUCUUUUAUGUGGCAGCCACAAAUAACCCAAAGUUUGACCGAAUGCAAGGAAAUCCAAUCUGUGUGCAGAUACCAUGGGAUAAAAAUCCAGAAGCAUUGGCUAAAUGGGCAGAGGGUAAGACUGGGUUUCCAUGGAUUGAUGCCAUCAUGACACAGCUGAGACAGGAAGGCUGGAUUCACCAUCUGGCCCGACAUGCUGUGGCCUGCUUUCUCACCCGAGGGGAUCUUUGGAUAUCAUGGGAGGAGGGCAUGAAGGUGUUUGAAGAGCUGUUACUGGAUGCAGACUGGAGUGUUAAUGCUGGCAUGUGGAUGUGGCUCUCCUGUAGCUCUUUCUUCCAGCAGUUUUUCCACAGUUACUGUCCUGUGGGUUUCGGUAAGAGAGCCGACCUAAAUGGAGACUACAUCAGACAUUAUUUGCCCGUCUUAAAAGGGUUCCCAUCCAAGUACAUCUACGAGCCAUGGAAUGCCCCACUGACCGUACAGAAGGCAGCCAAAUGUGUGAUUGGUCAAGAUUAUCCCAUGCCCAUGGUGAGUCAUGGAGAAGUGAGCCGACGCAACAUGGAACGGAUGAAGCAAGCUUAUCAAACGCUGGCCAUGAGGGCAACUGAACGAGCAUCUUUGAUCAAACAAGUCAUGUCACCAGAAAUGAUGCAGAAUGGACGACACAAUAGAGGUGGCAACCAUCCAUCAAAGGCCAUGGUGAUCAAUCACGGAGGAAUGGUGAAACACAACCACUCUUCUCCCAAACCCCUACAGCACACAGUACAGAGGGAGUCGCAGUAACGGCUACACUGUGUUAUCGACGAUUCUCACUGUUAAUCAGCCAUUUUAUCACUUACCCUCUUAAAAGUAAGGGACAUGUUUUCAUUUGAGAUGUCAGCAAUUGUCGCAGCAGUCAUUGACUGGUAGGCCAGGAAUGGACCGUCUUUAUCCCUUCACUCAAGGUCUUUGUCACCUUGACAUUUGUCUUUGAGAAAACCAUCUGUGGAUUGCCUCCUGUAUUACAGAUGAUGCAACCACCAGAUCCAUGUGUUUGUGAGAUAGGAUUCUGUAAUUGUUCUAAUACACUGUUGCACUGCAACUCAGUAAGAUUUUAGCAGUACAGAUGGCUGAACAUCCAAGGAGCCA